AUGGCAGCCACCCUGCUCAUGGCUGGGUCCCAGGCACCAGUGACAUUUGAAGAUAUGGCCAUGUACCUCACUCGGGAAGAAUGGAGACCUCUAGACCCUACACAAAGGGACCUUUACAGGGAUGUCAUGCAGGAGAAUUAUGGAAAUGUUGUCUCAUUAGAUUUUGAGAUCAGGAGUGAGAACGAUGUGAAUCCAAAGCAAGAGAUUGGUGAAGAUGUGGAACUUGGGACUGCAUCUGAAAGAUCUGUUGGGAAUACUGAGGAAAAUCCUGAAAGUGAAGAGGCCUUUGAAAGCAGGGAUAGGUCAGAAGGAGAGUGGGGAGAUUUAACAGCAGAAGAGUGGGUAAGCUAUCCUCUCCAACAAGUCACGGAUCUCCUUGUCCACAAAGAAAUUCACACAGGUAUUCAAUAUCAUAUAUGUUCUCAUUGUGGAAAGGCCUUCAGUCAGAUCUCAGACCUUAAUCGACAUCAGAAAACCCACACUGGAGACAGACCCUUUAAGUGUUAUGAAUGUGGAAAAGGCUUUAGUCGGAGCUCACACCUUAUUCAGCAUCAAAGGACACACACUGGAGAGAGACCUUAUGACUGUAAUGAGUGUGGGAAAAGUUUUGGAAGAAGCUCUCAUCUUAUCCAGCAUCAAACAAUCCAUACUGGAGAAAAGCCCCACAAAUGUAACGAAUGUGGGAAAAGUUUCUGCCGCCUCUCUCACCUAAUCCAACAUCAAAGGACCCACAGUGGGGAGAAACCCUAUGAGUGUGAGGAGUGUGGGAAAAGCUUCAGCCGGAGCUCUCACCUAGCUCAACACCAGAGGACCCACACAGGUGAGAAGCCUUAUGAGUGUAAUGAAUGUGGGCGAGGCUUCAGUGAGAGAUCUGAUCUCAUCAAACACUAUCGAGUCCACACAGGAGAGAGGCCCUACAAGUGUGAUGAAUGUGGGAAGAACUUCAGUCAGAACUCUGACCUUGUGCGCCAUCGCAGAGCCCACACAGGAGAAAAGCCAUAUCACUGUAAUGAAUGUGGAGAGAAUUUCAGCCGCAUCUCACACUUGGUUCAGCACCAGAGAACCCACACAGGGGAAAAGCCAUAUGAAUGUAACGCUUGUGGGAAAAGCUUCAGCCGGAGUUCUCAUCUCAUCACACACCAGAAAAUUCACACUGGAGAGAAGCCCUAUGAGUGCAAUGAGUGUUGGCGAAGCUUUGGCGAAAGGUCAGAUCUAAUUAAACACCAGAGGACCCACACAGGAGAGAAACCUUAUGAAUGUGUGCAGUGUGGAAAAGGUUUCACCCAGAGCUCAAACCUCAUCACACAUCAGAGAGUGCACACUGGAGAGAAACCUUACGAAUGUACUGAAUGCGAGAAGAGUUUCAGCCGGAGCUCAGCUCUUAUUAAACAUAAGAGAGUUCAUACUGACUAA